AUGCCGUCCGCGAAACCCUUCGCGACCGCCGCAGGGAUGCUGAAAUCCAGAUUGAGCUCGGGCCUUCGAACCCGAGGAGGACAUGGCCCGAAUCCAUUCCUUACUCCCGGCCACCAGGAGCGCCCCAAUGGCUACCUCUUCAGCCGUACGCCGCCGCCGCCUGGGCAAUCCCGGAAAUGGGAGGAUUGGGAGCUGCCGUGCUACGUCACCAGCUUUCUCACCAUUGUGAUCCUCGGCGUGGGGCUGAACGCCAAGCCCGAUCUCACUAUCGAGACCUGGGCCCAUCAGGAAGCCAUCAAACGGCUCGAGCUCGAGUCCGAGUGA